AUGGCGCCCACCCACGUCUCACGAAUACCUCUCACUCAAUGCAGCUCGAUCCUACGACGAAACUUUAAUUCUACAUGUCGACGAUGCCGCAGCGCUGAAUUGUCCCGCCCGCCCACCGCACCCAAGCCUGUCCCCGAUGUGAAGCUCAUCCGAGAACACGCCGACCUGUUCGCGCGCAACUGCGUCAAUCGCAACUAUGCUGCCUAUGAAGAAUAUCCGCAUCGAAUCAGCGAACUAUACGCAGAGACAAAAAGACUUGAAGAAGCUCUGCUAGAUCCGCGACGGAAAAUAAAGGAAUUGGAAAAGGAGAUUGGCCGAGUCGCGGUUAAUCGAGAAUCCAACGGCGAGGAGAAGAAGCAGAAAUUGGCGGAGUUACGGAAAGAGGCACAAAAUCUAAAGAAGGAUUCUCAAGAUACGUUGUUCCGGAAAGAAUCGCUAGAAAGUGAGAUUCAGAAACUCGCUCUUUCGCUACCGAACCUUACGUCCCCCGAAGCUCCCGUCGGCGACGAGCCUCGAGUGGUUGGUUAUAUCAAUUACGACCCCAAAGACUCAUCCUCCUGGCUUAAAAAUAAACAACCGUAUCGAUCGCAUGUGGAGAUUGGAACCAAGCUUGAAUUACUCGAUUUUACCAGCUCCGCGACAUCUACAGGUUGGGGCUGGUAUUUCCUCAUAAACGAAGGGGCUUUACUGGAACAAGCUUUGAUCCAAUACUCGAUGAGCGUGGCGAUGAAACGAAAAUUCAAACCCGUCUCACCGCCAUCAAUUGUCUACUCUUAUAUCCAAGAAGCAUGUGGCUACCAGCCACGAGAUCAGAACAAUGAACAACAAAUUUGGCACAUUGAGCAGAGCGAAAAGGACAAAGCCAGACCCCAACGAUCGCUCGCCGGAACUGCUGAGAUCCCCCUUGCUGCUAUGUAUGCUGGGCGAGAUAUCGAUGAGUCACUUUUACCUUUGAAAUUCGUCGGUACAAGUCGAUGCUACCGUGCCGAAGCCGGUGCCCGCGGCGUUGAUACCAAGGGACUGUACCGGGUUCACGAAUUUACAAAAGUAGAACUGUUUGGAUGGUCCAAUAAUCCGCGAUCUGACGCAUCCGACCCUCUGUUCGAGAAGUGUACUCCAUUGAACGAAUUGUUUGAGGAACUUGGACAGAUCCAAGUUGAGGUUUUGACUGCUCUGAACUUGCCAUGCCGAAUACUGGAAAUGCCGACCAAUGAUCUUGGAGCCAGUGCAACGAGGAAGCGCGAUAUAGAAGCAUUGUUCCCGUCGCGAUUACGAGCAAUCGAGUCCGAAUCCGGCAACAGCGGAUAUGAUCUCGAGACGGGCUGGGGUGAAGUCACAUCAGCUUCUAUCUGCACAGACUAUCAAAGCCGUCGACUGGGAACAAGAAUUCGUACCAGUCAGGGCGAGAAGUCACGCUACGCUCUAACCGUCAAUGGAACGGCUGUUGCAGUGCCUCGGGUGUUGGCAGCCAUACUUGAGAACGGCUGGGAUGAGGAGAGACAGGUUGUUGUCAUUCCGGAGGUUUUGAGGCAGUGGAUGGGUGGCAUGGAGACGAUUGGGAAGAAAUAG